AUGUUUACUAACCCAACACCUCAAAAUGUUUCAUGCCUCAAAAAUCUCGCUUUAAAUAUUCUUAAAAAUGGCUCCCGGAAUAUUAUUGCAAAAGGCGUUGAAGUUCCAGAACUAGAUCCAUGCUCGAGCUGUCUUGAGGAUUAUGUAAAAGAUCUUCUGCAAUGCCCAAAGUGUGCAAUGGAAAUUGAGUUUUCAUUAGUAAAUACUGCUAUUCUAAUGGAAACUUCCCCUCUAGUAUCUAGUCAAAGCCAAAAUACAAUAAGCUCAGAAGCACAUCAUGUCUCUAACUCUAGUUUUUCGGAUCUUCCAUUAUUCGCAACCCAUAAGGAGCAGAUUCAAAAAAGACCUAGCGAAGAUACCACUAAAAAUAAAUCAUUUAGUAAAAAACCAAAACAGAAUAAAGAAAAAGGCGAUAAAAAGGAUUCAAAUACUGUAAGAAAGCUCAUUGUAGAAUUAUCAUAUAACAACACAGAACAAACCACUUCAGAUACCAACAAUUCUUAUCCCAUAACAGCUACUGAAACCGACCCACAAUCUAUCGAUUUUCUUAAUUUAUAUACUAAAAUUACCUCUGCUGAAAGUGAAAUCCAAAAACCAAACCAGAAUAUAAUUAUCCAGUAUUAUAACUUUGGAUUAGGUAUAGCAAAACGCUUCAAGUUCUAUUAUGAAAAAUCAUAUAAUAUAAAUGAUGCUAAUAGCGAAGUUAAAAAAGAAAUCGAAAAACAACUUUCUGAUAGUACUUCUGAAACUACUAUUCGGAAAAGAAAAGAAAGAGCCCAAAAGAUUUUCAUAUAUUUAGUAAGAUAG